GCUUCCCCGAAUCUCGGUCCCGGAGGAGGACUUGGCAUAUGGCGUGGGAGCGGGAGGAGACAUCGUUCACCUCGGUCGCGUGGGUGGUCCGGUUCCGGUUCCCUUCCUCGAUCAGGCGCCAUAACUCCUCCUCCGAGCUGGCCUCUUUUUCGCUCAGCUCUCCGAUCA